AUGGAAAUUAUGUCCUCUCUUCAGCGUGGGGAUAUGUCUCACAAGACAUUUGGUUUACUUGAACAUCCACAUCUUCCUCCUAUGGUGACCACAGAAGAGGUGCAGUAUAAGAUCAUGCUUGUUGGUAAAAAUGGUGUUGGUAAAACAGCUACUGCAGCCAACCUUACUGGAUACUCACCAAUGGAGAACUAUUACGAAACACCAGGAAUUCAAGUGUGGCAGACUUAUUGGCCAGCUCGAAUUCGUCAACUCAACAAAGUCAUGUUGUUUCAUUUAUGCUUAUGGGAAAGUGGAACAACUGCCAUGCGGAAAUUUGAUCAUAUUUUACCUGCCUUGAAAGAAAAUGUUGAUUGUAUUCUCCUUGUUUUCUCUCUUCUUGACAAAUCCAGCUUUGAUGAGUUGCCUCAUUUAAUCAGUCGACUUACAGAACCAAACGACAACGUUUGUAAAAUUGCAAUUGGAACAAAGUAUCCUUUUAUCAUUAUUUAUAAGGCCAUGUGA